CGGCCGCAAGGCCCCUUGUUGCGAGCACGUCUUCAUUUUCUAGCUGCCCAGAGACGUCUACUGGCUUUGGCCCAGCUCCGCAUCACUCCUGGCGCCAUCUUCCUUGCCCGCGUGAGGCCCCCGCGCAGCCGGCGUCGGCGGCGCUCACCUCAUCGACGCCAUGUCGGAGUCCGAGACUGUUCCCAUGAAGGUCAUCAAGGUGGCCUCGGGCGCGCAGAGCCGCAUUGCGCAGGCCUGCGACCGGUGCCGCUCCAAAAAGAUUCGCUGUGACGGCAUCCGGCCUUGCUGCACACAAUGUGCCAAUGUCGGCUUCGAGUGCCGCACCAGCGACAAGCUCAGCCGCCGAGCCUUCCCCAGAGGAUACACCGAAUCACUCGAGGAACGCGUGCGCCAGCUCGAAUCCGAGGUCAAGGAACUCAAGGAUCUCGUGGAUGAGAAGGAGGAGAAGAUCGACAUGCUCUCCCGGAUGCACAGCCAACGGAAGGCCUCCAUUGCGUCCACCACCUACAGUCCCCAGGUUUCCACAGACUCGCCCUCAGACCAGAUGCAAGUCAGCAAAGAUGACACGUUCCGUGUCAAGAACUCGCCAAUCCUGCUCGAACUAGACAACGCCGAGUGCCGCUUUGUCGGGCCGUCCAGCGGCUAUUUCCUCAUGGAAAUGCUCAAGUCUCGACUUCGGGAUAGUGGGCGCCAAGUGCCAGAGUUUGAACCACAAGCCUAUUUGCACGUCAAGGAUCACGGAGGCUUGUCUGACGAACUUGAUGAGGACAAGCCCCUACCACCGAUACCACGCUUAUUCUCAGACAAGUGUGUCAACAUUUACUUCCAAGAAUGGGCGCCGUUGUUCCCCGUACUGCACAAGUCGACAUUCCUUCGCACAUAUGAAGAAUUCAUCGUCGACGGGGAGUCAAUCAAGGACAACCACAAACUCGCACAACUCUAUCUUGUCUUCAGCAUAGCAGCUUUGUCCGCCGGCACCACCGAGCUCGAGCUCGUUGCGUCGUGUGAGCGAAAGUGGCAGCUUGCCAUCGACGGCAUCAUCAUGGACAACAGCAUGGCUACCUUACAGUGCCUCGUACUUGCCCUGAUGAACUGUCAGCUCCAGGCGAACCACAAGCGCAUGCAGUACUACAAGGGAAUCGCCGUCGGCAUGUCGCACCGCUUGGGUUUGCACCAGGGUCAAAAGGCCUCCUCGUUCGGAUCAUUGUCAGUAGAGACACGGAAAAAGGUCUUCUGGACACUAUACACUCUGGAUUGCUUUUCUGCCGCGAGAAGUGGGCUGCCAAAACUGUUGAACGACGACGACGUACAUGUUGACUACCCCUUUGACACUGAUGAUGAAUACAUAACAGAGAGUGGAUUCCAACCAACACUCCCAGGGGAGAUCACAAAAUUGUCAAGCGCUCUGGCGCUCUUCAAGGCAUCGCGAGUCUUAUCCAAGGUUUUGGUGGAGCUCUACCCGUCGUCUGCGUCACACGAGAUAUCUUUCCAGCAGAUCUCGGCAUUGGACGCGGAGCUGCUUGAGUGGAAGAACAAUCUACCGCCACAUCUGCGGCUCAACAUGACUGAUGACAAGUCUCCGACCGAUGCCACAAGCAGCCGUUCCCCAAUCUUGGUAUGUUGACACUGAUGCCGGAAUCCGUAUGUGUGCGCGCAUACUAAACUCCCCAUAUAGGCUCUGGCUUAUUACAGCAUACGCACUUUGAUUCAUCGCCAGGGCUUCGCCUCAAACAUGGCUCCUAAAGCUGCGUCUUCCGGCAUUGCUGUCAGUGAAUGCGUCAAGCACACCGUGCAAACCAUCAAAUUGCUGGACGAGCGGGGCCUGUCGUUUUCUUUCUGCUUCAACAAGAC